AUGGCUAUCCAAAGCUUCCCCAUCACCCCCUCGACUUCGGGCAAGUCCCCCCGCUGGACCCAGCCUGUGUCGUUUUACGGCCAGUCGGUCUUCAGCAAGUACUAUGCCCACUCAAUCUGCGUCUUCUUGCUCCUCGUCCCCUUCCUCAUCUCCCCCGCGGCCGCUCAGGGUCAGGGUGCCAUAGGUGGGCAGAAUUGCGUUACCAACUACAACGCCGCCGAUAACGUCGACUACUUCCCCAGCAAGAUCAGCGACCCGGGUUCAGACCAGGAGAGAGUCGUCGACAAUGCUGCCCUUUUCAAGGUCCGUUACGCCAACAACUACAAGGUCGUAACGAACACCGCCGGGAAGAAGGACUAUGUCCUUUACCAGUGCGGAACGACCGCCCCAGCAGCCUCAGAGUUUGCCAACGGCACCAUCUUCAUCUCGGUCCCCGUCACGGCGGCCGCGGCGUUGACGACCACCUCCGUUGCCUUCAUUGAGAUGUUGGGUAAGCGUUCCGCCCUCAAGGUGGUUGACACUGAAGGGCUGGUGAGCUCACCCUGUGUCCAGCUUGGUCUGGAGAAGGGAGAGAUUGUGGGCCUCGAGGACGCCAACAAGACCCUCCGUGCUGAGCAGUUCAAGGGAGCCGACGUCAUCUUUGGCGACGGCUUCAGUGUUGAGAACGGCACCGAGUCCAAGACUGUUGGUACCUCUGAGGUUUCGGAUCCCGGCCCAUUGAACCGCGCUGAGUGGCUCGAGUUCUACUCGACCUUCUUCAACUUGGAGGAGUCCGCCCAGAAGUUGACCGGCUCGAUCAACAACAACUACAACUGCUUCAAGGCCGCCGCUAACGCCAAGGCCACCAAGCCCAUCGUCGCCUGGUCGUCCUACGUCGCCCCCUCGUCCUACAACAACAACACCGCCUCCUGGACCCUUUCCGGCGCCGAUUACAAGAAGAUCCUCACCGUCGAUGCCGGUGCGGCCUUCUACAACGGUACCGACAAGAACACCUUCACCACCUCUGCCGAGUUCUUGGCCUCCAUCAAGGAUGUCGAUGUCAUCAUUGACGAGACCUUUGCUGGUUCUGACUUGACCGCCUUCCUCACCUCCUACGGCUUGACCACCGCCGACACUGCCAACUACAAGUUCCUUGCCAACAAGGCUGUCUUCCGUGAGGAUGGUUUGGUCAACCCCAACGACGGUCGUGACUGGUUCAGCGGUGCCGUUGCCAUGGGUGAUGCUGUUCUCCAGGAUGUUAUCCGUGCCGUCCACCCCGACGCCCUCCCCAAGGACGUCAAGUACAACUGGCUCCGCAACAUUGUCAACGGCGAGCCCAAGCAGGUGUUGACCAGCUCCAACUGCACUGCCACCGACGCUAGCACCCCCGUCCCCGACCGUGCCAUCGUCUGCUCCACCAUGAAGCUCGAUGGCAGCAGCGGUAGCGCUGCCAACAAGGCCGUUGCUGGAUCUGCCUUGACCGCCUUUGUCGGUCUCUUGGCUGCCGCCCUCCUCUUCUAA